AUGCCCGCGUGUCUCCCGUUCAAGUUACACGCGGGCAUGGACUUUACAGUCACACAGGAUGAACAGCUUGAGCAGAAGCACACGAUCGAGAGCUCGAAGGGGAUGGAGCUCAAGCAGGAGCCCAAGCAGGAGCAGGAGAUGAAGCGUUUGGAAAAGGAGUAG